CUUCCAGGCUGCCUGGUCAGAUGCAGCUGAUCAAAGCUCACUCUCUAGAAACAUAUGCAGGAGGGUUUUUUCAUUUCGCUCUUCCAGCUUCCCUUUUUUUUAAGAGCUAAUAAGUAUUUUGUCUUAACACAUUACCUGGCUUCAAGGAAAAUCCCAAAGUGUGACGCCCCUCGCACCCGUGCCACAGGACCGCUCUCCUGACCAGCCCUGACCUCAUGGCUCCCUGGAGGCUUCCCGUGCUCCCCAUGGCUCUGCUGUGGGGCUGCCUGCUGGCCUCCUGCUCCCCCAGCACAGUGGUUGCUCCCCCACGAGACCUUCGGAUCACUGACCCCGGACUCCUGGGCUCUCUUGAUGUCGAGUGGAAGCCUCCGCCCCACGAGCAAACCUUCAACGAAUGCACAGUAAAAUACAAGUUUGAAUAUCACAACACUGGAGACAGAGACUGGAAGGUUAUUUUUACUAGGAAGCUAAAAUUCAGAGUUGGAUUUGACCUCAGCAGGACUGCUGAAGUGAGGGUGCAGACACUGCUCAAAGGAGGGUGUACAGAUGAUGUGGAGGUGCAGAGUGACUGGAUCUAUGCAACCUUUCAGAUCCCACCACAAGGAAAACUUGAAUCAGAGGUCCAGAAUUUCCACUGCAUCUAUCAUGACUGGGAAUACCUGAAGUGCACCUGGGAGCCAGGUCUCCUCACACCUCACGGUGUACAUUAUGGGCUGUAUUAUUGGUACGAGGGGCUGGACCAGGCGGUGCAGUGCGAUCACUACCUCCAGGAGCACGGCAUAAACGUCGGCUGCGUGCUGCAAAACCUCAGCCAGGCAGAAUACCAGGAUCUGAACGUUUGUGUCAAUGGGUCAGCAGCAGCCACCCUGCUACGGCCACUCUACACCACCCUUCGCCUUCACAACCUCGCAAAGCCCUCAGCCCCGGAGCAGCUGGUGGUGUCCGUGUCUGCAGCCGAGGAGCUCCUGGUGGCCUGGAGCCCCCCGGGCGGGCGAAUGCCACCGCACUGCCUGGAGUACGAGGUGCAGGUGGCAGAAGAUGCGGGGGAAGCCGCGGCCGCCUGGGCGUUUGUGUCGACUCAAAUGGAAACUGCUUUAACAAUUUCCAGAGCAAAUCAAAGCCACGUUUCAUGUGUUCGUGUCAGGGGCAGAACAAACAUUUUUUGUGCUGACCAAGGCUUUUGGAGUGAAUGGACGCAGGAUUGUUUCUCUGUGUCCACAAAAGAGGACAAGAAGCUAUUUAUCCUCAUUCCAGUCAUCCUGACUUUGUCAGUUAGCCUCAUAAUAUUUAUGUUGAUUGGCCAGUACAAGAAAAGAUCCCCAGCAGGAAAGCCAUUGCAUGCAUCUGUGGGAUGCUAACUCUGCCUGUGCCUGCUGCACUGCUUGUGUUCGGUGGCUGCUCAUGGAACACCAUCCCAAACACAGCCAAGGAGCCCUGAGCUUACUGCAGCCCAGAUGGGCCUUCCCUGCCUGCUGCCACUUGUGAAGGCAGGUGUUGCAAUCCCAGUCCUUAACGGGCUUAGGAAAACUGGAGGGGCUUAAACUGACUGCAGGAAAACCAGAAGAGAUCGAAACUGACUCUGAAGCAAGGUGUUUCUGGUAACAGGACAAGGGAGAAAAAAGAGGCAGUGAAAACUUUCUUGAAUAAAGAUAACCACGUUGUUC